UUGGCGGUAACAUGGACAAAAAUACUGAAAGGCGACACUACUUCAACCAAGUUUUUGUUGCUCGUUAUGUCCGAAUACAUCCUACAGCGUGGAAUAAACGAUCAAGCAUGAGAGUUGGUCUUAUUGGAUGUCCUCAUAAAGGUGACUGUGGGCAAAGAUUCUUCCGCGUAUAUGAGGAUUCAGAAUGUGUGGAAAACCUGGCUUAUAAAAGGAAGACUUGGAUAAAUGAUAAGCGUCAAAGCUGGGCGGAGUGGAAAUAUGGUCACUCAUCAUUGGCUGUGGAUGGUGACCUGGACACGCAACUUGAGAAGUGUGCCAUUUUGGACAAUUACUACGUCGACAAGCCAGUCUGGAUGGUGGACUUAGGAAACAAAAGGAUGGUCAGAGGUGUGAUAGUAGUCACUUGGCAAGGCAAGGGUCAAGACCGUGCCAAUUUGUACCGUAAGUAUGUCUACAAUCUGGAGAAUUUGACCGUCUACGUGCAAGAUAAAGCUCGUCUUGACGAUGCAAGUACUGACAGCAGCUGUGCUUCUGUGUCACGACAGAACAACGCCAUUUUUCAACAGAGACUGCACUUCGAAUGUUCGCAGAUUCAGAAUGGUCGUUACGUUUAUAUCCAUGCAUCUGGCAUAGCAAACACGUGGAAUAGACUAUUUUCUGCUGUUCUAUGUGAGGUCAUGGUGUACUGACCAAUCGGCGACCUUGUAACUUCAUAAACUAUUGAAUCACGUUAACGUUUGGAUAACUUCUCACCUUAGUUCAUCGGUGCACUUCACAAUGAGUGUUUUAAAAUGCCACGUAAACUAUAUCAUUAAAGAACACCACCAUCAUAGCGGGCUUUCCUCUAUAAAACUUAUUG